CUAGUCUACUCUCUGCUGUCAUUCACAGUGUUGCCUCAGCACACAGUACGCCGACAGACUGCAAGACCGAGAGAAGAAUUAUGCAGAAAGAUAAUAUUCUCUGACCCAGCAUGCUGUUCAGCAACACUGAAUUUACUGGAAACACAACCAAUACUGUGUGGCAUCUGGGUCUACUUCAACUGAAGUCAUUUUGAAGAGUACAAGUCACUGAAGGAAUGGCCUUAUGUCUGAAAAUCUUGGUCGUCUUUGCCCUUGUGGUGACUGUGUUUAUUUUGGAAACAAGGAACCGUAACUUUCAGUUUUACUUUCCUGCCCUGGAUUAUCUGGUAGAGGAAGGAGAACACAUUCUUCCUCACAUACGGCAGGAAAGAAGUGUGCUUUCAGACUCUGAGAUUUACUCAGCAAACAUUUUAUUAAAUGCAUCGAGCGUGGGAACCUAUGAGCAGCUGCUGUCGACCCUGAACGCCACCAGUUAUCCUCUCCAGCUUGAUAACACCACAGAGAUCCGAGAUAUUACUGUUACAACAGUUUGUGUCUCCACUGAAACUGGUUUCCAGUGUGAGUGUGAAGAGCAGUUUGCUUGGCCGUACAGCUCCUGCAUCACAUAUGGAGCUUGUGAUUCCAUAUCCAGCGGCAUCUGCAAAUGCAUCUCGGCGAUCCCAGCUGACGGCUCUUCCUGUCAGCUGAUCUCUGAGCUGCUGGUUCAAACUGAAUAUGUGAUUGAUCUGGAGCUGAAUCUAACCGACAUCGCAACAGUGGACUUCCUCAGACGCCUCCUGAGCAAUGGCAGCAAUUUUCUAACCCUGAGUCCAACAGUGAAUGUCACACAGCUUGACCUCUCCACAGGUAACAGAGGAGCAUGA